AUGGAUGGUAAACCGAGACUACAAAAAGCAUGCGAUGCAUGCAACAUCCGCAAAGUCAAGUGUGACGAGGGUGGACCACCAUGCAAGUCCUGUAUCUCUCUAGAUAUUCCAUGCACAUUUGACCGACCUAAAAAGCGUCGUGGUCCUCCAAAUAAACAUGCAGAGGCACUCAAAAAGCAAAAAGCGCAGCCCACAACUCCGCCAGCAACGGUGACUCCUGCUCUAGCGCCAGCAGCAGUGCCAACUCCUAUCAGCAUACCUCCUCCUCUGGCUCCUGUUACUGUCCCUACGACUGCCACUGCUACUGGGACCUUGACCACAGAUACCACAGUAUUAGACCAGAACAUACUUCCGUUGUCUGGCGAAUCAAUAUGUUCAUUACCAACACUUCAGCUACUAGUGGAUGACUUUUUUCUAUUCAUCCACCCUCUCAUCCCCAUACCGCACGAACCAACCUUCCGUGAAGCAUUUGCGAGGCGAGAAGAUCUGACCAAUGGACGGUUUCUGGCACUACUAGCUGCUGUAAUAGGCUCUCUGGUAGCCUCUUUCCCACGCCGGCCGCGAUUGCAUUUGCGCACAGACUCUGCAGGGUCUCGGUAUUCCAAUUCAAUGGCCUUUGCUAAGCGUUGUCAUGACAUAGCAGUACAGGCGCGAGGAUUGGGAUAUCUAGAUACGAGUACCACUGUUGAGGAUGCAGCCAUUAGUUAUCACUUAUCACUCUGUUCCAGCUACGUCUAUAAUCACCAACGCAGUCGGAUGUACCUUGGCGAGUGCAUGACUAUUCUGCGUGUAUACGGUCUAUAUAAACCUUCAAGGCAAGGCGGGGCUGAUCUUGGUGGGAUAACAGCCGGAUCACCGAUAUCUGAACCUCACGGUCAUCUCGGCGACAUCACUGAAACGACGGAGAACUACCUCGUUCAGGAGCAAGGCAGGCGUCUGUUUUAUAUAUGUCUUGCUGGGUUGCAGACGUUACAUCAACUCGGUUCAGCGGAUGGCCGGACUUACAUACCCCCUGAAACUCCGACGAACCGAUAUCCUCCUUUCCCUCUUGAAGUAGACGAUGAGUUCAUCACUUCUAAUCAAGUCACAGCGCAACCAGUCGGUGUUGUUUCCCAGCUUACGGGAUUCAAUGCGAAUGUGCGCAUAUUCCAAUGCUAUAAUCCGCUAUUAGCGUUAGAAAUUGCAUUCAACGACAUGCAACUAGUGAGCUGGGAAAGACAAAGACAACUGAUAUGGGAAUCAUUACAGAAAGCGAAAAAGGUCACUGCAGAACUACCUCCAGAACUGUCUUUGAAUUACCCACAGGAGCUUCUGAAUCUAUCCUCUCCUUCGAUUAUAGGUGGCUGGCCUUCAACUUUUGGGGAAAGUAUAACGACCCGUGAUCAGGAGCGUCGAAGGAUACAAUACGAGAUUCAAAAGGUGAACAUCUAUAUCAGUUCGUUGUCCACGCGAUCAUAUUUGGUUGAAAAGUAUUGGAUUUUGUUUGAGGGUCAUAUCAGAUUGCAAAAGGCGAAAGCUGCUUCUGCCGAAACACCGUCUAAUGUCGCUGCUCCAUUCGACUCUCAAUAUAUGACGAGUGACACGACAACGUCGGCACCAGAUGCGGAAUUCCAUGCGCAAACAGACCAGAUUGGACAAAUGAUGAGACAGGAACGUGGAUUGGUAAUCAAGGAUCUACUGUGUUUGCUGAAAAGUGUGCAAGAAAUCCAUAUAGAGCCAAACGGCGCCAGUUUCACCCAUAAAGUCCGCCAAAUAGCCUCUACACUUCUCAAUCUCCCCCAAGAAAUGAGCACAACACUCCCACCAACAACAACCACAACCGUCGACCCCGUAACCGGAACACCAACGGCAACAGAAACAACACCAUCAGGACCCCAACCCUUAUCCACAAGCGACGCCGAAAACUACCUUCGCACAUUCCUCAACAUCCUCGUCCGUCUCGAAGGUGUAGGCGUCACAGGCAGCGAUCCCAUCCAAUCCAUAAACACAGUCACAGAUAACCUCAACAUGAAACCGGACGAUCUGGACAUGAAUCUAAACUCCACUGCCGCUGCUACUACUACACUCCUCAACGCGGACAUGCCCAUGGAGGGCAACAAUAACAUCAAUGACGCUGCAGCUAAUAAUAGCAACAAUAUAAUAGCAACAACAGCGCUAUUAAACGACCCUUUAGUCUCAGCGGCAGCAGCAUAUCCGAGCCCUAAUCAUAAUGAAGCUUUCCUAUUACCGAUGAGUUAUACGGGGGAUGGGAUGAGUGGUCAGGAAGAAGAGGAAUUGAGACAGUGGGCAAAUUUGAAGGAGUUUCAAAAGUCGUUUGUGGAGGAUGGGGGGUUGUUGUAUUCUACUUGAUCUGUCUGUUGAUAUCUGGUCGAAAAUACUUAUUGUUUGUAUGUUUGGGAUGGUAUUUGUAACCUUGGAAGUUUGUUGUUCUGGAUUACGGGGACUCUAUUAAAGGGGUAGUAUACACAUCACGGCUUCAGUAGACAUGGAUACAA